CCAAUCCUUAGAUUCAACAAACGUGUUACAUGAAAUAAAAGAUCGAUUGCAACCUCUCUAGAGUGCUAUUUGUUUAGUAUUUUUAGAUCUUCCCUGUGGCUGCCGCUAGAAGAGAGAAGAGAAUAGAGAGAUGAAGAGCUGAACACUUGCAUGCAAUUGUGAAAGAAAAAGAUGCAAACUUUCUUUCUCUGUGUGUCUCUCAAAAACUUAGCACCAGUUCAAAAUAUUGUGUUCAGAGAGCAAGCGAGAAAGUCAGAAAGAAAAAGGGGUUUUAGUUUUAUAGGGAUUAAAAAUCUAAUCUUUUUGGUACAUAUACUGAACUCUUGAACUUUUGUAUUUCCAAUUCUGGUUCUUGAAUAUUGAACAAGUUAGGUUGAGUAAAUCAGUGUGUGGGAUUGAGUUGGGUUUUCAGUGUGGAAAAUUGAGUUGUAGACACGUGGAAGUUUUGGAGGUGGAUUAUGUAUCAAGAUUUGGAUCUGAAUCAAUUGAAUAGGCUAUUCUGAAAAAAGAAGAGAAAAUGGAAUCUGGCUUGGAAAUCGAUGACGGCAAUGAAACUAAGGGAGGCAUGUGGGUUUUGGACCAGAAGCUUGAUCAGCCGAUGGAGGAGGAGGCUGGAAGUCUUAGAAACAUGUAUAGAGAAAAGAAAUUCUCGUCUAUAUUUCUGUUGCGGCUUGCAUUCCAGAGUCUGGGAGUAGUGUAUGGAGACUUGGGAACAUCUCCAUUGUACGUAUUCUACAGUACUUUUCCCAAUGGGAUAGAUGAUACAGAGGAUAUUAUUGGUGCUCUUUCAUUGAUUAUCUAUUCACUUACGCUAAUACCUCUCCUCAAGUACGUUUUCAUAGUGUGUAGAGCAAAUGACAGUGGUCAAGGUGGCACCUUUGCACUUUAUUCAUUACUUUGUCGACAUGCCAAAGUCAAAACAAUCCCCAACCAACACCGCACAGAUGAGGAGCUGACAACUUACAGCCGUAGCACAUUCCACGAGCUUUCAUUUGCGGCUAAAACCAAGAGAUGGCUGGAGGCGAAUACAUUUAGAAAGAAUGCCCUUCUUAUACUAGUACUUGUUGGCACUUGCAUGGUUGUUGGGGAUGGAAUUCUCACUCCUGCUAUAUCAGGAACCAAUGCUCAUCCAAUUGUUGAAGAAUCAAUCCGGCAAUCUUCCAAACAGUUUUCAAUAGACGACUUGAAAAAGAAAGCUACAAUAGGGAUUGUGCUGAGACUAAAGACGCAUUGAAUAAAGGCUUUGGGAACAGUUUUUUUCUUCAAUUCUGAGGAUGGUAGUGCUAUUGCAAGGAAAUCCCCUGCUACGGGUAUUGUAAAGAACUCCUAUAUUAUUGCAAAGAAAUCCUCUAGUGUUUUGUGCCAAUUGCAAUUCAACAAAUGAGCAGAGACAUUUUUUCACUGUUUCAAAUCGAGUGGUAGCGGAUCCAUAUUUAAAUAACGUCACAGCAGUUAAGCAAACGUUCUGUUUGGGAAUUUGUUGUCAAACGACCUCCUAGGACUAUGAUGUUAUUCGGUUUAAUUCACAAUCUGCUUUGGCUAAUGAC